GCGGUUGAUUCCAUUCUUUUUCCGCGCGAGAGGCCAUGUCAGGCAUCUCCAUUGGCGCGUCCUUCGGCGGCGGCGCGAAGCGCGAAGAAAGCUUGAAGCCCAUGACCAGCAUGGCGAUGCAUCGAGUGAACUUCCCCGACGAUAUUGACGACGAAACGGCGAACGCUAUGAUUCCGCACAUCGUCGGCCAUCGCGGCGCCAAGAUCACUGCUGCAGGAGUUACGUCCAACUGUACCCUUAAGCUCAAGGUGGCCAAGGCGGGCUCGAAGAGCUACUUGUCAGUGGCUGGUCAGAAUGUCCUACGUGCCAACCACGGGGCAAGACUUGCGCAGCAGUUGAUUGACGAGGCGCUUCAGUUAGUCCUCCGAAAGCAAGGGUUGGCUUCCAUGGCAUACAACCAAGCUGGCGCAACCUCUCGACCGCUUCCUCCACCUUCUCAACGCCCUCCUGCGCCUCAGCCACGAAACACUUUGCCCAGCGUCCCAAUAGUGCAGACCCCUCUGCCCAAAACCCAACCUACGCCUACUCCCAUACAUCGCUACAAUACUCACGAUGCCUUUCUUCACGAUGGAGCUCCAAGCUCCUCCGACCGCGGGAAACCAACUGCCGUGCCGCCAAAUCCAUCUCGCAAACCUUCAGUGGCUGCAUGCAAGCCUCCUCCAACUCGAGUGCCGGUCGCUGCACCUGCUACGCUUCCACCCACUGCCGCUCCAUCGAAGGGUUCCAUCGCUCGAAGCAAACCCAAAGCAAUAGCCACUACUGCCCAGGAGCCGACUCCACCACCAAAGAAACGCCGGCGUCAACAAGAGCACCACGUCAUCGAGAUCGAUCUCGACACCCCAACGACCCCUCCACGAACUGGUCAUACCACCAACCCAAGCCCCGCGGCCCAACCCGCUCAAGCACAAGUACUCGGUGACGUGUCCGACAACGCCCCUCAAGAAGUUCAAAUUGUAUACUCGAAGCGAGGUAGAACAAAAGUAAAUGCCCCUACCCCUACAACUACCCCUGCCCCUGCCACCGCCACCAAAGACGACGACGCCACCAAGCCAUCCUCCGACCUCGUUCGGCGCCGUCCGAACCCCCCUUCAACCCCCACUGUCACCAACCACGUGCAAGUCACUUCGCCGCCACUUGCGACCCCCGACUCCCUUUCACGUCAUGCACACGCCCCCCGGUCCACCGGCCCCUUGGCAUCCGACUCCACGCCUCCUCCAUGGUCGUUGGUCACGUGGACGUCGGCCCUGCAAGCCAAUCUUGGGGACGUGGCCACGCAUGGCAGUGCCCACACCAGCCUCAAGCAGCAGUUCCGCGCCGCCAAGCGGCGGUGGCGACUCGCCGACACCCGCGUGCGGCACCUCCUGGCGAUCCAGUCCCUUGCAGCGCAUGUUGCCCUCCCAGACACAGAUUGGACAGGCGCAGCCACCACCGACCUGCGCCAACUGCAUCGCCGCAUGCUUCGGGAGCGCAUGGGGGCCGACCAUCCCCGCCUCAUGGUCCUGCCAGAGGUGUUGCGGCUCGCGGUGCCUCCCCCCGCGCCGCAGUUUUGCAACCGGUUGAUCCGCCUUCAACAGCAACUUCCCCCCCAUCCGUUCGAGUGUUUCGACGCCCUUCCAGACAUGUCGGCGCUGUCCAAGGCGAAACUGCAACGGUUCAUGCAACCGAACGCAGACUUGGAAGAGUCCUGCCGUGUCCACGAAGAGCUGGUCGAGUCUGCCGCGUCCGUCGCCGACAUCCAUGAGUUUGGCGUGCAUGUGGUACAUGUGACACAUGUACUGCGAUCUAUCGUGCGGCACCGCGCGGCGGCGAAAGAGUGGCUCUAUCGCGGCUACCAGCAUGCCGUCCCCGCCGCCUCGGAUGGACCGACGGCGUGGCAGGACUCGUUUCACGAGUGGCGAGACGUGGUGGUGGACGCGGUGCUGCCAUCGGCCUUGCCUCGAGAAUGCCACCCGUUGGUCCAACGAACAUGCGAUUGGUAUCCAUACUUGCUGCCGUCGGUGUUGCAGUGGACACGUGUCAUGCAGACGAGAAGCGUCGAGACAAAGCACGAGGAGGUGCCACCCCUGCACGACAUGGUCUUGAGCUUGCUACUGUCGUGCAAGAUGCCGUUCCCAAAGCUGAUUGAGCACCACAAGCUCCUCCAACAUCAUGUGAAGGCCUUCCUCGUCGCCCUCGCAAAGCAACAGGUCGUGGAAUGGGCCCAGCUGCUCGUGGAGCAUCCAGAUCUUCGCGAUCUCGUCGUGAACGAAAACGAAAGCGUUGAUGAAGUUGGACAUGUGCAUCUCUUGCCAGGAUUUGAAUCCCCACCCCAUCAGUUGUUCGACGACGACAUCCCUCCCUGCCAAACCCUGUCUGCGUUGGCGGCGCUGGCACAUCAGCAAGCCCGAUUGUCCAAGCGCAGUUGAUAUGUAUGCGUGGGAUGACCUGUCAUGUAGAGAAUGUGAACGUUGCUUAAGUUGAUUCCACGCAUUAACACUGUGAGUUUCGGGCAGCCUCAUCACGCCGUUAUCGACGGCACCAGCUGUACCUCCACUCAACAUCGGUGCCUUUGAGAAUACAUAACCUGUG